GCUGCGGGAUUCCGGGUUUCUCCUGCAGUGCAGUCCUAUUCCCUCCCUUUUCCUGAAACAGGACAUGGAGCUGUGUUCCUUUCUUCAUGUUAGGUGCUAAGCUGUUGUUAACUCUGUUGGCAAUGUCUAUGAUUUUAUCUGCCUCUGUGGUCCGCGUGAGGGAUGGACUCCCACUUUCUGCAUCUACUGAUUAUGAACAGAGCACGGGAAUGCAAGAAUGUAGAAAAUAUUUUAAAAUGCUCUCAAAAAAACUUUCUCAGCUUCCUGAUAGAUGUACUCUGAAAACUGGACAGUAUAAUAUAAACUUUAUAAGUUCUCUGGGAGUAAGCUAUAUGAUGUUGUGCACUGAAAAUUAUCCCAAUGUCCUGGCUUUCUGUUUCCUGGAUGAGCUUCAGAAGGAGUUCAUCACUACCUACAAUAUGAUGAAGACGAAUACUGCUAUCAGACCAUACUGUUUUAUAGAGUUUGAUAAUUUCAUUCAGAGGACCAAACAGAGAUACAACAACACACGUUCUUUGUCCACAAAGAUGAAUCUUGCUGAUAUGCAGACUGAAAUCAAACUGAGGCCACCGUAUCAAAUUUCAGUGUCAGAGCUUGGUUCAGCCAAUGGCUUUUCUCAUGUACCUGUGGGGGAGUAUAAGGGUACUGGUAAGAUAUCUGCAGCUCCUCACCAACGUCUGGAACCUGUGACUCUGCCAGGGAUUGUCUCAUUUGUGCUUAGUCUGUUAUGUGGGGCUUUGAAUUUAAUCCGUGGCUUCCAUGCCAUAGAAAGCCUUCUCCAGAGUGAAGGUGAAGAUUUCAGCUAUGUUAUUGCAUUUUUUCUUGGAACUGCUGCCUGUUUGUACCAGUGUUACCUGUUUGUGUACUACACAGGCUGGAGGAAUGCCAAGUCCUUCCUGACGUUUGGCCUGAUCUGCCUGUGUAACCUGUACCUGUACGAGCUGCGCAACCUGUGGCAGCUCUUCUUCCACGUCACCGUGGGCGCCCUGUGCACGCUGCAGAUCCGCCUGCGGCAGCCCCAGGGCAAGGCCCCUGACUACAACGUCUGACACCAGUCUGCUUCCACUCCUUACUCUCAGGAAUGUAAAGCUGUUCUCCAAAAGAAGCUGUCUGAAUGGGGCUUUGAUUUUUUUCUUUUAUUUUUAAUAAGUCGGUGUAAGAUGCCUGUGGACAUUCUACACUUGGUGGUUGAACCUUUUUUUAAUUAUUUUUUUUUAUUUUCUUGAAAAGGACACAAAAGAUUGUGGGACUAGAGGAGGAGAGUGACGUAUGUCCAUGCAGUGAAAUGUAUGUAGAAUAUGAACUGGUGGCAUAAAAAAGCUUCAUUCAUACAUUCAUGGAGGUAAUCUGAUGUGGAAUUAUCUGAUGGUAUUUCAUGAUCACAUUAUCUGAUGGUAGUGUGGAAGCACAUUUGUACAUUAACGGAGGAAUGUGUAGAGUAUGUUCUGCAUAUUGUGCAAGCCUUUCACUUCCAAGGUCAGUUUUGCCUUUGUGAGGCAGUAGGGAAUAGGCUAAAUAAAUAAUAAUAAUAAUGCUAUUGCAUAUUAGCAAACUAGAUGUGGCAUAUGUAAGAUACUAAAUUUUGGAAUGUUUUAUUUCACAUUGACAUGUAUGUGAAUGUUUUCUUAAUUAAAAUGUAACCUGGAAACUCAGUUUCUAGGGAUUGGCUUCA